AUGAACGUGAACAUGAACCUCAACAUGGACUCAACCCCUCAUCCAUUCAACCCGCCCGCCUCGUCCACAGCACCUUACAACACAACAAUACCCUCCGCGACAGCGACCGCGCCGAACCCUUCAAACCCGCUCCUCUUCUCCUCCCCAUCCGCCAACACCACCACCGUCGCCUCCAACCCAGCCCUAAACCCCAACCCGCAUCACGCGCCCGCCGUCGAUCCCCUGCACCACCUGCAGCACCAGCACCAGCAGCUGCAGCCCGGAGUAGGACACACAGAGACGUCCGUGGCCCCUGCACCCGGCACCGCGGAGUCCCAGGCCCCAGGCCCAGGCCCAGGCCUGGUGCGACAAUCGUCCGCGACCACUUAUCCGCAUCAGAUUGAGGGCGCGGGCGGGCCGACCGCUACGGCGCCGUUCUUGCGGGACUUCAGUCUUGUGGCGGAGGCGGCGAAGCGAGCGCAGAUGUCGGUCGUUAUGAGGGAUUUGGAGAGCGUCACGCUAUGA